AUGGGGAGCCUCGAUACAAUCCCAGUCGACAUUAUAAGGUAUCACAUCCUUCCUUUUAUUCGAGAUCCAAGGACAUUUGUUUAUAUUGGAGGUGUGAACCAUAGCCUUCGUCAUUCUUGGAAAAAUCUAGGACAUUCAAUAACAGAUCUAGUCAAAGAAAGAAUUCCUUCGUUUGAAAACCUUCACAAAGAAGUCGAGAGUGAAAUGCAAACCGAUAAAUGCCCUGGGCUAACAAAAGAUUUGCAUUUUGCUGCAGUCGCAGUCGAUAAUAUCGAUUACCGACAGAUUGAUUACAAUGAUGAGCAUGCCUUAUAUCUUUUAUCAGUCUUUUGAGUGUAUUUAAUGAUGACAACUGAGCCAGCAACCAAGGAAGAAAUUUUAUACCUCUUUAUAUAAAUGCCUCAAUAAUUUAAUUAUAAUAUAUAGAAAAAAAGGAUACUGAUAAUUAAAUUUGAGAUCAGCCUCAUUCUGAUGGAAAUAGAACUUUUUAAUAAAGAAAAUGCAAUUGAAAAUUUAGAGCACGUUGAUCCAAGAUGGGUGGAGAGAAAAAUGGUGGAUAAAGUUAUUGAAAUGAUUGCAACUGCCCAGUGAAGAGAAGUUGAAGGGAGAUUUAUGGGACAAAAAGAAGAACCAAUUAUUACGUGGAUAAAACAUUUUACAAGAUAUUUGCAGAUUGGACAACUUGUACAAGAAAAUCAAAGAAAGGAGGAGUAUUAUGCAGACUCGAUUGAUAGGCUAAAAAAUAUCAUAAAGAAUCAGCACCAAAUUUGGAGACCUUAA